GGAUGUCAGUUUCGAUAGGUUUUUCGUGGCAACCGGAUCGAGGAUCAUUUUUGGAUGCAAAAAUUGAAUAAUUACUGUUGAUUAUACUGCAACUGUGGUUAUUUAUUAUUUGUUGGGAAUAAAUAAUCAGUGCAUCGAAUAUAAAAAUUCGCAAAGAUGACGGAGGCCAGGAAGUGCUCCGCCGGAUGGAAGUUGGAUGUUCGCGAAAAAGCUUGUUACAUCGACGUUGAAGCCGAAGACGACGACGACCAAGGCGACCGAAAUCAAGGGGGCGGCACAAAUGAGACAGCGGAGGCCCAACAACACAACCAGAAGAGCAGCGAUGAGGACGGCGAUAAGCUCACUAACGGCCAGUCACAGUGGUGUGAUUUACCGGAACACAUCAUGGAACGUAUUUUCGCACACCUGAGCAUCCGAGAACGGUACUAUGCUAGUUUGACCUGCUUCAGUUGGUACCAGGCGUUCUAUUUGCCAAACGUAUGGUCCAAUUUCCUGGUAGAGGAUAGAACACUCUCGAGACUGAAGUACAACUAUUACUCAGGUUGGCAGCCGGUACUGGAUCCGGCCCGGGUGCAACUUUGUCUGCUCUCCGUUGGAAGACUAUUUCGGGGGCUGGACUUUCGUCCGGUGUUUUCAUUUAACAACAUGUUUCAAUUUAUGACCACAAUUUCGUGGGCCAUCGAACAGAACCGAAAGCCCAAACUCCCGCGGGAGUGGAUCGGUUGUGGCACUAAAAUUAAAUCUUUGAAUUACAUCUUUCCGUGCAAUAUGGCAUCCAGUGAGGAUCCGGAAUCGAUUAAACUGUUCGGUACCGGGGGUCAACUGCUGGCCGCGCUCAAGAAGCUGAUGUAUAAUUUGCCCCACCUGCAGACGCUCAAACUGGUCGAUUUGAUGCUGGAACGGUACGAGGCGAACCAUCUGCUGGACGAGGUGCUGGAAGCGUGCUGUUUGGUCCUGAAACGGCUGCAUCUGAUAAACGUGACCAUGGUGCACUGUCCGGUGAUGCACAUCGGACUGUUCCUGAAUUUGCGGAUUCUGGUUGUAUCCCCGCAGAACAUCGACGACGACAUCCUGACGCUGCUGGCCGAUUCCAAGGUUCGGCACCUGUACCUAUUUCAGAACCGUUACACCCCGGCGGCGAUAACGAUCAGUCCCUGUACGGCCAAGGGCUGGCGGUUGCUGCGGCGGGAUAAUCCCAAUUUACGGGUACAUCUGCGCGUCGAGUCAACAAGUGCCGGUGAAAUUCUGCUCCAACCGGAUGCACCGGUGCACAGUAUGAUUUAUCAGACGGCGAAAACAAUGAUUGACACGGACAAGCUACUCGCUGCAAUCGAUGCAUACAAAGCCACCCUUUCUGUGUACGGAUAUGAAAUGUUGCCGGAAUUCACCAGGCCUCCUGAGAGUCAAGAAAGAGUUGAUAAUAUGUUGGUGCUGAUGGCAAGAUCUUGUACGGAACUAACUGUAUUGAUGAUCCGCGAACGAAUUUCAACGGUUACUGUGCUACUCAUCGCGCGGUUUGCUCAAAACCUGCGCCACCUCAUCGUUCGCCGCAGCCAACUGGUGGUAGACUGCGAUUGGCCCCAAAAUCCGGACUGGAGUGAUGAGUUCUAUCAAUGGCUCUUGAUGGCUUCGCGCUCGAUUGAAUCAACCGAAAAAGAAAUCUCACAAAUAUUGAACACUGACUGGAAAACUCUUAGCGAUGAGCACUUUGCCAAGACUUCGUUAACCAAGCACGUGGAUCAUUGAAAUGGCAGAUAGAUCAACGAAAUCUCAAUGAAAACAAACGACACCGGAGGCAGUCCAUCCAGUUAUAGUCAUAAACGAGGUUAUCCUCAGAGCUCCCUUUUAAUUAAGCGAAGGUAAUCGAGCAAUUAUUCCAUUACUGUGUGGACUGAGAAGAACGAACGGAAUAGCCCCUCGUGAUACCAAAUCAAAAGGCACUCUGGCCUUGUUCUUCUCCGUCGGUGGUUGUCUGGUGGAUUUUCUUGAAUCGUUAUUAUCGGCAAUCAUAAUAAUGUUGCCCUCCUAUUAGUCCUGUUGUUAUUAUUAGGUACAGUAGUCAGCCCUGUUCAGAUCGAGUCUCGGAGGAAUUUUCCUCCUCUGGUCUCAGGCGCUCAGGCCUGAGUAAUAAGACCGAACAAAUUUAACAUUAUUAGCAUCGUUGGUUUGCAUACCCGCCAGUUGGCUAUUGCGUUGCUUCUCUUAUUAUUCGUUUUAGGGUGGUUCAGAAAGUGAUAAUUUAAUUGCGGUUUUAUUUAAUAACCCAAAGAGGUCCGUCCAUGUUCUCAUGUUAGUUAACGUGAGGUGAGUCAAAGAUUAUUUCAUUGGUAAAUCACUUACGCAAUUUUGAGCAUGGUAUUGAGUUCUUGUUAGAUUUCAAUUGAAAAAAAUGUUAAUGAUCUUAGUUGGAUUUCAAACAAGAUGAAGAAAUGUUUGUUUGAAUUGAAAAUAAUUUAAAAUGUAAGCUACCCUAAUGCUUGCAUUGCCAUGUUGUUAAUAAGAGAUUCGUAAUCGCAAGACUUUAGUCAUAAUUGAAAAAUUAUCACGGACGCCUCAAGUAUGUCUAGGUUUGAUUGCUAAUUGUUUAGUGAAAAAAAAUAAUAGCAGCAGUCGAUAGGAACCUUUAGAGCAAGGUACUAUUCGCAUUAAUGUCAAUUAUAUUCAAGUUUUUUAUUGUGCUAAUAGUGGUAGUAGAAAAUAAUUUAAACAAGAUUUU